UUGUAAAGGAUUUUUAAUUAAAGAUGAAUGAAGAUUCAGAAAAUCUUAUUAAUGAUGAUAGACUUGCAAGAGAGCCAAUGCUUAGGAGAAGGCCUUCAUCUGUUAACUAUAAUCAACAUGCAGCAGAGCAAGAAAGAAUUAGAGCUAAUAAUAUUAUCAAGCAGGGUAGACAAACUUCAUCGAGAUUAAUAUGAUCCUUAAUUUUUAUGCUAAUCUGUGUCUUUGCUUCAAGUCUUGAUAAUUGCGGACCUAAUAUUAAGGGUCUCUUGUGGCUCGCUAUUGAGAUAAAAGCAGGACUAGCUGUUUACUAUUAUGCCAUGAUUUACUGUCUCUCAAAAAGAGGCUUUAGCUCUAUAUUUUAUCAUGUUCUUGAUAUAAUUAUCUUCAUUGGACUACUAGUUUUCCAUUAUUAUGUCAUUUCACUCUACUAUAGAGGCAGUAAUACUUGCAGGGAUGACUGGAACUGGCUCUGGUUUGGACAUUUUUUGUUACUGAUAGAAGCAUUUUGAAGUAUCUGUGCUUGCUGCUGUAUUUCAUGUUUAGUUACUGUUAUUAUUGGAUUACUAUGAUGCACUUCAGUUGCAGAAAGACAAAAAAGAAGAGCUAAUAUUGCCAUUAGUGAUCUCUUAUUAAAUGCAGCUCAAUUUAAAUUCAACCCAGAGGAUUACAGGAGCACUAAGGAAUGCACAAUAUGUUUAGAGGGUUUUAAGGAAGGGGAUAAUAUUAUCAACUUACCUUGUCAUUCAACUCAUAUCUUCCAUGCCCAAUGUAUAGCAGACUGGGUAAGAAUCAACAACAACUGCCCUCUCUGCAAGACCCCCAUCACCCAAGAAGACAUCAACGCAAUUGAGCUCCCUGAAUCAAACCUAUAAUCCCUUCAGAA